UUGAAAUCCGUAUCGUCAUCUUUGGCUUUUAUAGCUUCUGAUGGGUAUUUUCAUUUUCCUUGGCAUUUUAUUGACAUUACACUUACUGAAUAAACUAAUUCAUGAUAUAAUUUGUUGCCCCCAGUGGGAAAUUUGUCUCAGAUUCAAGUGAUGCUCAUAUAUAACUCUGUCAUAAAUCACAACCCCAAAUCACAUGUACUGUAUAUAUUGCUCAUAUAGCAUAUUACAUCACCAUUCAGAAGUUUGGGGUCACUUAGAAAUGUCCUUAUUUUUGAAAGAAAAUCAUUUUUUUUUCAAUGAAGAUAACAUUAAAUGAAUCAGAAUUAUAGUCUAGACAUUGUUAAUGUGGUAAAUGACUAUGACACAUGAAUAAAAGUCUGAGUUUUCAUGGAAAACGUGAAAUUGUCUGGAUGACCCCAAACUUUUGAACAAUAAUGUAGGUCUACUUUAACUAAUAUAGAGCAACUUUAACUAAUGUAGAGCAACUUUAACUCAUUUUUGAGCAACUAUUAUAGAGCAACUUUAAUCAACUAAUCAACUUUAGCUAAUAUAGGGCAACUUUAAUUCAUUUAGAGCAACUUUCAAUAAUGUAGAGCAACUUUAACUCAUUUUUGAGCAACUUUAACUAUUAUAGAGCAACUUUAACUAUUAUAGAGCAACUUUAACUAUUAUAGAGCAACUUUGACUAAUGUAGAGCAACUUUAACUAACGAUAUCAACUUUAGCUAAUAUAGGGCAACUUUAACCCAUUUAGAGCAACUUUAAUUUAUGUACACUACCAUUCAAAAGUUUGGGGUCACUUAGAAAUGUCCUUAUUUUUGAAAGAAAAUCUUUUUUUUUUCAAUGAAGAUAACAUUAAAUGAAUGAUAAACCCAGUCUAGACAUUGUUAAUGUGGUAAAUGACUAUUGUAGCUGGAAACAGCUGAUUUUUAAUGGAAUAUCUCCAUAGGGGUACAGAGGAACAUUUCCAGCAACCAUCACUCCUGUGUUCUAAUGCUACAUUGUGUUAGCUAAUGGUGUUGAAAGGCUCACUGAUGAUUAGAAAACCCUUGUGCAGUUAUGUUAGCACAUGGAUAAAAGUGGGAGUUUACAUAGAAAACAUGGAAUUAUCUGGGUGACCCCAAACUUUUGAACAGUGGUGUAGGUCAACUUUAACUAAUGUAGAGCAACUUUAACUCAUUUAGAGCAACUUUAACUAAUGUAGAGCAACUUUAACUCAUUUAGAGCAACUUUAACUAAUGUAGAGCAACUUUCACUAAUAUAUGUUAUGUUCUACAACCAAUAGAAUCCAUUGCAGAACCCAGGCAGCCACAAUCAGUCUGUAUUGUGUUUUUAAAAUAAUUUUGUUAACAUCUGGCUCCUCUGCUAGAGGGUAAGAGCUGAUACACAGCAAGGAGGAUGUGAAGUGUGUCAGACAACAUUUUCUGUGUCUGGGAGCAGACUGUUCAUAUAUUGACCAUACAAACCAUUAAAAACAGGCCAGUGCCGGCUAAAUAAACGGUAAAAAAGAGGUAGAAAAGCCACAGCACUUGAGUCAAGGUUGUAAGUUACAUAAUAUUCAGUUCAACACAAAUUAAAACUAGACCGCAGAAUUUAAUUGUUUCAUCUCCGACACACCAUUGACAAUGAAAAUGUUCUUUUUUUGCAGGACUUUUGUUUUGGAUUGCAUGAUGAUGUAUUGCUUUUAUCUGGUUACUAAUUAUUUUGAUGGUGUUCUCUCUUCACAGAGCAGACACUGAGAGUGCCACUGGAUCCACUGCAGGAAAUCAACAAGAGAAAGAGAGCAGAGAAGAAAAUAAAGAUGAUGAUGAAACGAUCAUAGAUUCAGAUGGUGAGUCAGAGAGUCUGCUGCUUCCUGUGCACAUCUGCUUUGAGUCUUUGCCAUUUUCAGGGCUUUCUUGUCCACCUGUAUCACCAUCACAACCCAAAGAGUGCUCUUCUGUGCAGAGUCCUGUCCCCAGUACCGUCCAACACACCAGUGGACCCUCCGUCCCACAGCAGAGCUCCCCAGCCCCCCCUCCAUUACCUUUGCUGUCUCCUGGGUCGCCUCCCUGCCCCAGCUCGUCCAUUGCCCCAGCUCCACCGGAAACUGCCUCUGUGCCCAUUCUCUCCUCCGCUCGCUCUCCCACAGCACGUCCCUCAGACUCAGAGUCCGGCAUCAACGCCACCAACUUCUGGAAAAGCUGCAAUGCAGCUGGGUGCACUCAGGCCAUCUUUGCUGAUUUCAUUAAUGGUAUGAAUGAAAUCUACAACAGAAUCUUGUCAGACAAGGCCAGCCAGGAAGAUUAUGAUCUUGCACUAUCAGUGAUGGCUGUUUCUGGGAAACUGGCAGAGCUGGUGGACAAGCAGCAGGAAGAGUUACAAAAGAAACAGAUUGAACUGCAAAAGGCAGCGGCAGCUAUGAAAGAUGCUGUCUCAGCGCUGAGGAAAUGAGUCUACGAGCAGCUACUGCAAGAAUGUGGACAUCUGCUACACUUUACUUAUUCUUGUUUUUUUACUCUGGAAGUCCCGGUAUUGUUUUGUACUUAAACUUUGUCAUAUUUUUAAUUUUUGAAUGUUUUAUGAAAACGGUAUAUUUAUAUUUUUAUUGAUAAUGUAAGAGUCGUGACAGUGACGGAUGGACAAAACUGUACCGAUAUCUAGCAAGCCUUGAGGAAAACAGAUUUAAUUUUUAAAAACCUAAAAUGUGAAGAAUUUUUGUGUUGUUGAAAUAAUAAGUUUGAAAUAAAGAGUAAGUUGAAAUAAUGAGAAGAAUUUGAAAAACUGAGCAAGGUGUGGUUAAAGAUGUCAUUGCCAAACAGUUGGAGUUGCAUAUCCUGUUUGAUGUAUAAUAAAGGAAAACUCUUUUGUCA